CCCUGCCCAGCUCCGUACCGCCCUCUCCCCGUCCGGGUAGUCGUUGCACCCAAACACUCGCAGCUAGUGCUUCCGCCCAGACGAGGUUCCGCACGCCUCGGCGCGGGGGACCGAGGCGACCCCCAGUUUACCGGUUCGGCGCCAGGAUGGCCCCCAAACUUCGAGACUCUGUGGAGGAGCUCCGCGCCGCCGGCAACCUGAGCUUCCGCAACGGCCAGUUCGCCGAGGCCGCCACACUCUACAGCCGCGCGCUACGGAUGCUGCAGGCGCAAGGUUCUUCAGACCCAGAAAAAGAAAGUGUUCUCUACUCCAACCGAGCAGCAUGCCACUUGAAGGACGGGAACUGCAUAGACUGCAUCAAGGACUGCACUUCAGCGCUGGCCUUGGUUCCCUUUGGCAUGAAGCCCCUGCUGCGGCGAGCGUCAGCCUACGAGGCUCUGGAGAAGUACACCCUGGCCUACAUGGACUACCUGACCGUGCUGCAGAUUGAUGACAGUGUGACGUCAGCCUUGGAAGGCAGCAGCAGCUGGAAACCUCUCUGUGAUCCUGCCUGCCUUUCCAGAAUGACCAGAGCUCUUAUGGACUCCUUUGGGCCCGACUGGCGCCAGAAGCUGCCCUCUAUCCCCUUGGUGCCUGUUUCAGCUCAGAAGAGGUGGGAGUGUUUGCCUUCGGAAAACUGCAAAGAGACGGCUAAAAGCAAAUCCAAAGAAACCACAGCUACGAAGAGCAGAGUGCCUUCUGCUGGGGAUGUGGAGAGAGCCAGAGUUCUGAAGGAGGAAGGCAAUGAGCUUGUAAAGAAGGGGAACCAUAAGCAAGCGAUUGAGAAGUACAAUGAGAGCCUCUGGUUUAGUAACUUGGAAUCCGCCACGUACAGCAACAGGGCGCUCUGCCAUCUGGUGCUGAAGCAGUACAAGGAGGCCGUGAAGGACUGCACAGAAGCCCUCAGGCUGGACGGAAAGAACGUGAAGGCGUUCUACAGACGGGCUCAAGCCUACAAGGCGCUCAAGGACUAUAAAUCCAGCUUUGCGGACAUCAACAGCCUCCUGCAGAUUGAGCCCAGGAACGGCCCCGCACAGAAGUUGCGGCAGGAGGUUAACCGGAGCUUAAACUAAAAACCCAGAGGGGCGGGCAGCAGGACACCUCUGCCUGACCACCUUCCUCCGUGCCUGCUCCCGGGACCCGGCAUGCCCCAGCGCCAGCUCCGAAGCACCCUCCUCUGCCCCUCAGAGACGUGAUGGCCUCCCACCCCUCAAGAGGAUUUGCCUGUUCAAAUUAAGCUCAGUGUAGUCAAAAACAAGACGCUUUGUUGGAAAGGUCUCUCCCUGCUCUGAACUCCCUGCGCUGCGGACAGUGAGCGGGUCACACAGGCAGGUCCUCGUAGGCAGAGCCCUCGGCUGGCUCUGCCUAGCACGCUCCAGACCGAGUUGCCCUUCCAGCGUCACCAGGCACCCUCACCGUGGUCCACCUGAGCAACCUGGGCUGGGGCGUGGGGGGUACUGGGAAGCCCUGAGCCGCCUACACCCAAAGCAGCCUGUUGAGCUGGUCUCCAGCGCUGCCGUCCCUGCCCGGUCCUCGGCACAGCACUCUGUGUUCUGAGCCCCAGUGCCUUUUGGCCGAGCCCUCCUUCGGUGGGGAUGCAGGACCUGGCCCUUGGCCGGCUUUGUCUGUGGCUCUGUGCCGCCGCCCCCUGCGUGGAGGCGCCUGAGCUGUUUCAAGAGCCGGAAGGUGUGGCUGCUGCUUCGGAAGGCGAGAUGGGGAGAAAGGCCUCCCGGAAGUCAGUGUCCUUCCGUCCCGGCAGGGACCCCUCGAGGCUUCGUAGUUCUUUGUAAUAUGUUGACGUUAAUCUGAACUGAACUGACAGAUUCUGUUGAACUGUGUGUUGAAGCUACCGCAUUAACGUUUUCUACCUAAAUGGCUGUUGUACUUUCAUUUAUGCUUUUCAGUUUUGGUUCAUUUUGGAACUUUGCAAUAAUAAAAAAAGAAGAC